UUCAGUUGAAAUCCACACAUCAGAGAAUAAAGAAUAUAUUUUAAAGUGAAGUUAGCAAAAAAUAAAAUAGCAUAAAGCUGCGAAAAUAAACUGUUUCGUACAGGACAAAUAAUUUUUAUAUUAAUAGAUAAUUUAAUUUUAUAAGUAUAGUAUAAAGAAGUUGCAUUCGAAAUGAAAGUUUGCUUAUUGCUACUGGCCGUUGUGGCCUUUGUCAGUCUCUCACAUGGUGAAGAGAAAAAGGAAAAGGAGAAAGACAUUGGUACAGUGAUUGGUAUCGAUUUGGGCACAACAUACUCUUGUGUUGGUGUCUAUAAGAAUGGUCGUGUAGAAAUCAUUGCCAACGAUCAAGGUAACCGCAUCACGCCCUCAUAUGUUGCAUUUACUGCUGAUGGUGAGCGAUUGAUCGGUGAUGCUGCAAAGAAUCAAUUGACAACUAAUCCCGAGAAUACAGUGUUCGAUGCAAAGCGUCUCAUUGGUCGUGAAUGGUCGGACACAAAUGUGCAGCAUGAUGUAAAGUUCUUCCCAUUCAAGGUUGUUGAAAAGAAUUCAAAACCACAUAUCAGCGUAGCCACAUCUCAGGGUAACAAAGUGUUUGCGCCUGAGGAGAUUUCUGCUAUGGUUUUGGGUAAAAUGAAAGAAACCGCAGAGGCAUACCUUGGUAAGAAGGUCACUCAUGCAGUGGUUACGGUUCCAGCUUAUUUCAAUGAUGCUCAGCGUCAAGCCACAAAAGAUGCUGGUGUUAUUGCCGGUCUGAAUGUAAUGCGUAUUAUCAAUGAACCCACUGCGGCCGCUAUUGCCUACGGCUUGGAUAAGAAGGAAGGAGAGAAAAAUGUGUUGGUAUUUGAUUUGGGCGGUGGUACUUUUGAUGUUUCGCUUCUAACCAUCGACAAUGGCGUAUUCGAGGUGGUUGCCACCAAUGGUGACACUCACUUGGGUGGUGAAGAUUUCGAUCAACGUGUAAUGGACCACUUCAUCAAAUUGUACAAAAAGAAGAAGGGCAAGGACAUUCGCAAAGAUAACCGUGCUGUACAGAAAUUGCGCCGUGAAGUUGAAAAGGCGAAACGUGCUUUGUCUGGCUCACACCAAGUUCGUAUUGAAAUUGAGUCAUUCUUUGAGGGAGAAGAUUUCUCUGAAACACUAACCCGUGCCAAGUUCGAAGAACUAAAUAUGGACUUGUUCCGUUCAACACUGAAGCCAGUAACAAAGGUUUUGGAAGAUGCCGACAUGAAUAAGAAGGAUGUGCAUGAAAUUGUUUUGGUCGGUGGAUCUACUCGUAUCCCUAAGGUGCAACAACUUGUUAAAGACUUCUUUGGAGGCAAGGAACCAUCACGGGGCAUUAACCCUGAUGAAGCUGUUGCUUACGGUGCUGCCGUCCAAGCUGGUGUACUUUCUGGUGAGCAAGAUACUGAUGCUAUUGUGUUACUUGAUGUCAAUCCAUUGACUAUGGGUAUUGAAACUGUUGGCGGUGUGAUGACAAAACUUAUCCCUCGUAAUACUGUUAUCCCAACAAAGAAAUCGCAAAUCUUCUCUACUGCGUCCGAUAAUCAACACACAGUUACCAUUCAAGUAUAUGAAGGUGAACGCCCAAUGACCAAGGAUAACCAUCUGCUUGGUAAAUUCGAUUUAACUGGCAUCCCACCAGCUCCUCGUGGUAUUCCACAAAUUGAAGUAUCUUUCGAAAUUGAUGCCAACGGUAUUCUCCAAGUUAGCGCCGAAGAUAAGGGUACUGGCAAUAAGGAGAAGAUUGUCAUUACUAAUGAUCAAAAUCGUCUGACUCCUGAAGAUAUUGAUCGUAUGAUUCGUGAUGCCGAAAAGUUCGCGGAUGAAGACAAGAAAUUGAAAGAGAAGGUCGAAACUCGCAAUGAGCUGGAAUCAUAUGCUUACAGUUUAAAGAACCAAAUUGGCGAUAAAGACAAAUUGGGUGGUAAAUUGAGUGAUGACGAAAAGACCAAAAUGGAAAGUGCCAUCGAUGAUACCAUUAAAUGGAUGGAACAGAAUUCCGAUGCUGAUCCAGAGGAAUACAAAAAACAAAAGAAAGAUUUGGAAGCUAUUGUGCAACCCAUUAUUGCCAAACUAUACCAAGGAACUGGUGGAGUACCACCAACCGAAGAGGGUGAUGAUGAUGUGAAGGAUGAACUGUAAGAGGAGGGCGGGAUAAUUUAUUAGUACAUAAUAUGGUUACUUUUAAUUUCAUUUAGUUUUUAAAACUGAUGUAGAAAAAUUCAGACUGAUACACUCUUAAACAAAAUAAGUUUAAUAAAUUUUGAAGAAAAUUCAAAGAAAGACAGAAAAACCUUAAAGUCGAGAAAUAAAUGACUUACCUACACAAAUGUAAAUUUUUUGAGAUCAGUCAGCUUUACAUAUAUAUGUAAACCUUUUGCCCAAAUUUCAUAAUUUUCCGUUGUACAGAAAAUCAUUUAGCAGCAUUUUACUUACCUUUUUAUGCUAUUUAUUAAUUUUUUUUUUCGGUUUCCACUUUGUAUUUAAAUUUUUCGAAUGUGUUUCACAUUCCAGUUAGUCUGUCCAGAAUGCAGGUCAAUACUAAUUACUUUUGUACUCGAUGUAAAACCCAUCACUUAAGUAAGUUUUGCAAUUGUACAUUUCUCAUUCACACUCAUGAAUUGUAUCGCAUGGAAUAAGUGAUUUAAUUUUUUACUAAAUGCAAAAUAAUUGAAGAGGAGCGAGACUCUUCGAUUUUACGAAGAGUUUUAUCACAUAAAAUAAUUAAAUAUAAUAAAAAUAAAACAAGAAAAUAAAUGUA